CGGCUCUGGUCCUCUGUCCAGCUGGACGUUUACACCCAGACAUCAUGUCAGAGGGGAGACGUGGCAUCACACUGAGCCGGUUCCGCUUCCUCUCCUGUCUCCGAAAAACUCUUUCGUUUGGCCGUUGAAGCCUCCGGAUCCUUUAGACUUCACAGAACAUAUGCAGAACUUCUACCUGGACCACCGUCAGGACGUCUUCGAGUGCAUGGGUGAAAUAUUGAGUGGAAGCUUCAACUUCAGAGAAAGACGGAAAUGGCAAAGAGGUCGCAAGGAUUCAGUCCGCAUCGGGAGGCUGUCAGGGUUCCUCAACAAGCUGGAGUUUAAAACGUGUACGCAGCCGUAUCCCUGUCAAAUGCUAAACAGGUACAGCGCCCUGCUGUGGGACGCAGUGCCCGCCAUCCCUCCUGAGCUGCUGGCUCCUCUGCUGUUCGAGGAGCUGACGGAGCAGAGAGACCGCAUGCUGUUCUCCGAAGGAGCCACAGGGGGCGCUCUGGCCUUUGUCCCCUUCUCGCAGAGCGGCGGCGACUCUCAGCACGGCUGCCUCCUCUACCCCAGAAACCGGGGACUGAACCGCCUCAAUUUCCACAGAGUGGAGCUGCAGCACCACAGAGGAGGAUCCUCCCGCGUGGACAUCAGCAGCAGCCCGAUCAGUUUCCAGCUGAAAGGCCCCGUCAGACAGAUCAGCACCGCCUCCCUGCUCAACGACUGUUGUGUCGCGGUGCGGUCCCAUCACCUGUGUGGAGUUUGGAGGUUCAGUGAAAGAAACGAGCCUCGUCUGCUGCAAGUUGUCAACACCAGAGAGGUGGCGACCUGCAUCAGCGUCAGUCCUCAUAUUUUAGGUGAAGUUUUGGUGGCGAGUGAGAGCGGAGCAGCACACCUGUGGACCGUCGGCAGAGGAUUGCAGAAGAUUAAGGAGGAAGAUCACAACCUGUACUUCAACGCCAAGUCGUCAUGGCGAUGGUGCGAGUUCUCCGCCCACCCGAGGGUGAUGCUGUACGUGGACAGGACGGGGGUGGAGCUCACAGACAUCAGGGAGAGUCCGGCCUCGAGUCACACUCUGUUUCGUAUCAGCAACACUUCCGAGUGUCGCAGUGGAGAGAGACUCAUACUGUCCAAAUAUCUGGGAGACGUCCACCCGUUCCACCACCUCAUCACCACACAGUACUCGGCGUACAUCAUGGACGAGCGUUUCCCCUGCAUGCCCAUGAUCAAGUGGGACCACAUGAUGCAGUCUCCACCCAUGUUUUGUCACGCUGUCCGUGGUUCCUCUUCAGGUGGCGCGGCGAAAACCACAAAGAUCCUGCUGGGCUCUCAGAGCUCUCAGGAGAUCACAAUGCUGCAGUACUCAG